ACGGAGCCAUGACACAGUGGCGGAGGAGGAAAGCUUCUUCUUCUUCUUCUUCUUCCCGGAGGAACCGACGCUGAUCCACCGACCCGGCCCUCGCCUCUUCCCCGCCAGGAGCACCGCGCACCGCCGCCAGGAUGGAGGCCGUGCCCCGGAUGCCGAUGAUCUGGCUCGACCUGAAGGAGGCCGGCGAGUUCCCGUUCAGCCCGGCCGUCCGGCAGUUCAUCUUGAAGAACUACGGAGAGAAUCCUGACAACUACAACGAGCAGCUGAAGAAGUUGGAGACGCUGCGGCAGGGAGCAGUGAACGUGACGAGGGAUUUCGAAGGAUGCAGCACGUUGAGGAAGUACUUCGGUCAGCUGCAUUACCUCCAGAGCCGAGUUCCCAUGGGGCCGAGCCAGGAGGCGGCUGUGCCCAUCUCAUGGACGGAGAUCUUCUCUGGAAAAACAGUCACUCAUGACGACAUCAGCUACGAACAAGCCUGCAUCCUCUACAACCUGGGGGCCCUGCACUCCAUGCUGGGAGCCAUGGACAACAGGGUGUCUGAAGAGGGCAUGAAGGUGUCAUGUACCCACUUCCAGUGCUCAGCUGGAGCCUUCUCCUACCUGAGAGACCAUUUCAGCCACAACUUCAGUGUGGACAUGAGCCACCAGAUCCUCAACCUUAACAUUAACCUCAUGCUGGGUCAGGCUCAGGAGUGUCUUCUGGAGAAAUCCAUGUUGGACAACAGGAAGAGUUUCCUUGUUGCCCGAAUCAGCGCUCAGGUGGUGGAUUACUACAAAGAGGCCUGCAGAGCUCUGGAGAACUCGGAGACGGCCUCCAUGCUGGGGAAGAUCCAGAAGGACUGGAAGAAACUGGUCCAGAUGAAGAUCUACUACUUUGCUUCCAUUGCACACCUUCACAUGGGAAAACAGGCGGAGGAGCAGCAGAAGUACGGAGAGCGGUUGGCGUACCUGCAGAGCUCUAUGGACAAACUCAGUGAAGCCAUCAAGCUGGCCAAGGGUCAACCUGACAGUGUGCAAGAGGCAUUGAGGUUCACCAUGGACGUUAUCGGUGGAAAGUUCAAUUCAGCCAAAAAGGACAAUGACUUCAUCUACCACGAGACAGUUCCUUCUCUGGAGACUCUGGCCUCAGUCAAAGGUGCACCACUGGUCAAAGCUCUCCCAGUCAACCCCACAGAUCCCACCGUCACUGGACCAGACCUGUUCUCCAAGUUGGUGCCGAUGGCUGCACAUGAAGCGUCUUCUCUUUACAGUGAGGAGAAGGCCAAGCUGCUGAGGGACAUCAUGGCCAAGAUCGAAAUCAAGAACGAAACACUAGAGCAGUUCAUGGACUCCCUGGGCUUGGAGCCGGAGUCUGUGGACAACCUGGACAUGUACAGUCACAUCCCCCCCGUCCUGAUGGAGAAAUGUGCGGCGCUCAGCGUGCGACCCGACACCGUCAAGAGCCUCAUCCAAUCCAUGCAGGUUCUCUCCGGCGUCUUCACUGACGUGGAGUCUUCACUGAGGGAGAUCCGAGACGUCCUGGAGGAAGACGAGAGCGGCGAGCGCGUCCUGCAGGAGGUCGGCGGCCCCUCGGCGGGCGACCUCCACCCGGCGGCUCAGGCCCAGGCGCUGGCCGAGAUCCACCGGGACCUGGAGAAGUACAUGGAGGCGCACGAGAAGGCGAGCUUCACCAACACGGAGCUGCACCGCGCCAUGAACCUGCACAUCAGCAACCUGCGGCUGCUGGGGGGGCCGCUGGAGAGUCUGAGGGAGGCCUUGCCCCGCCCACAACUCAGUGAAGAGGAAGUGGCCGGGCUGCAGUGCAUGAAGCGGAUCCUCGGGAAGGUCCAGGAGAUGAGAGAACAGAGAGGCUCUCUGGAGAAGCAGCUCCGUGACCUCAUCCAGCACGAUGACAUCACCUCCACCCUGGUCACCACGGAGCGGGCGGACAUGAAGCGCAUAUUCGAGGACCAACUGAAGAAGUACGAGCAGGUGAAGGUCUACAUCGAGCAGAACCUGGCAGCGCAGGAGAACAUCCUGAAGGCGCUGACGGAGGCGAACGUCCAGUACGCCUCAGUCCGCAAGGGCCUGAUCCAGACGGAGCAGCAGUGGAACGGCACGGUCCAGGGCCUGGUGGGCUCCUACGAAGCCUACGAGGACCUGAUGAAGAAGUCCCAGGAGGGGAAGGAGUUCUACGACGACCUGGAGGCCAAAGCGUCCCGGCUGCUGGAGAGAUCCAAGACCUUGAGUCAGACCAGAACCGAGGCGAGGAGGCCCGUGCUGGAAAAAGAGACCCAGAAGAAGCCUCCAGCUCGACCCACCGCAGCGAAGCCCACCCUGGGCCCGAAGAACCCCGACGACGACUCGGCGUGCUCCAGCCUGGACGACCCGGAGCUGGCCCAGCUCAGUGCCGCCAUCUUGGCUUUGGGAGGCGACCUACCGGAGGAGCUCCGCAGCCUCCCCCCCGACCUCCCCGACCUCCCCUCCUCUCGUCAGCCCGGCCCUGAAGCCUACCGCCCCCCCGGCGUGCACCUGGGGGGGGGCAGCAGCUCUCUGCCCUGGCCCGGUGCUCCAUCUGCCGGUCUCCCUCGCUUCCCGGCCAACCUGCCGCCUCCAGAACUCUUGGCCCGGAUCGCUCAGUUCCCGACUUCAGGACCCCUGCCACACGGACCCCCCCCACAGAUGCAGACCGGUUACCACCCAGCGCCUUCUCCUCACGCCCCCCCCCAGCCGACACCCGUCCGACCCUCGACCACCACCGUGGACAGCGUCCAGGCGCCGAUCCCCAGCUACGCCCCGACACCGCACCACCCGCACCCCCCAGCUGGCUACGCUGUCCCGCCACAGAUGGGGGGCUAUCCUCACUUCAUGCACCAGCCAGGGAUGCAGCUUCCAGGCCCUGCACCCCCCCCACCCCAGCAGCAGAAACCUCCUCAGCACUACCCCCAGGCCAUGGGGCAGCAGCUGCCUCAGGGCUACCAGCUCCAGCAGGGCUACCCUCAUGGGUAUCUGCCCCCUGGUGGUCAUCUGCCCCCUGGUGGUCAUCUGCCCCCUGGUGGUCCUCCUCAGUACCAGCAGGCGUUCCCAGGUCAGAUGCAAAAUGGCUUCCAGCCGCGACCUCAGUUCCCACAAGGCUAUCCGACUCCGGGGGGCUACGUGGCCCAGCAACACCCCCACAUGAUGCCCGGCUCCGGACCCAGGCCUCCUCAGCCACCCCCCCCCGGGUCACAGCCCUACCUGCCCCACCCCACCCAGCAGAUGCCCCACCCCACCCAGCAGAUGCCCCACCCCCCCCAGCAGAUGCCCAUGGGACUCCCUCACCAACACAUGUUGCCUCACCAGCAGCAGCACAUGUCCAUGCCUCACAACGCCCAGCAGAUGCCGCCACACCCCCAGAUGCAGAUGCCAGGGGGUCCCAGACCCCAGAUGCCCCCCACAAGUCAGCCAAUGCCCCCCCCGGUCUCACAGAACUACAUGCCCCCCCCCGCCAGUCAGCCCAGUCACCAAGCAAUGCACCCACAGCAUCCGAUGGUCCCUGGUCCUCAGGUCCACAUGCCCCCCCCCGGUGCACAACCCCAACAGCAUCAGCAUCAUCAGCAUCAUCAGCACCCCCCCCACCCCCACCCCGGACAGCCUCCUAUACCACACAUGCCCCAGCAGCCCCAGGCUCCGCCCCCUCACUCUGGGGGCGUGUGCUACCCAGGAGGAGCUCCCAUGAUGCCUCAGCAGCCCCUGGCCCCCCAGCCUGCAGCCCCCCCCCAACCUCAGGCCCCUCUCCCCAUGAUUCACCCCCAGCCUCCUGCUCUCUACCCGUCGGCUCCAGGACCUAAUGUACCUGCGAGUGCCCCCCCGCAGCAGCCCCCCGCCAUGGGACCCCCGGGUCCGCAGGGUCCCUCCGCUCAGCACCUGAUCCAGCCCUCACCUGCCCACCCGCCCGUCCCUCCUUCACCUUCACCCUCCCCCUCUCCGUCCCCCUCUCCAGGCCCGACGUCUCUGGGGCUGAGACCCUCGCCCGCCGCCCCCCCCGGAGGCUCAGCUCCACCCACUCUUCCCUCGCCCUCGUCCGUCUCUCCCUCCACGUCGCUGUUCCAACGCCAGAAGUCCAGCACGGACGACCUCCUGUCCUCCAGCCCGGAGAGCCAACCCGGCGGCCCCAAGGCGCCCACCAACGUCCUGCAGCCGACCAAAGCCGACCCCCAGGACGGCGAGCGCCGGAAGAAGAGCACCCAGCCGGUUCUGCUGAUCCAGGGCGACCCGUACCAGGCGCCGGAGCGUGUUGCCCGGCUUCACGGCGAACUGGAACGCUACCGGGCCCGGGUCGAUUCCCUGGAGCACCCGUCCGAGGCUGAGGGCGGCCUGUCGGUGCUGGACGCUCGCUGGAAGGAGCUCCAGGAGCAGCAGGAGAAAGACGCCCGGCAGCUGUCCAUCGCCAUCGCCCGCUGCUACACCAUGAAGAACCGGCACCAGGACGUCAUGCCCUACGACCUCACCCGCGUGAUGCUGCAGUCCGGCAAAGACGACUACAUCAACGCCAGCUACGUGGAGGACUUGUCCCCGUACUGCCCUCGCCUCAUCGCCACUCAGGCGCCGCUCUCCGGCACGGCGGCCGACUUCUGGCUGAUGGUGUACGAGCAGAAGGUGUCUCUGAUCGUCAUGUUGGUGUCGGAGCAGGAGCUGGAUAAGGGAAAAGUUGUGCGCUACUUCCCAACAGAGCGCGGCAAGCAGGUCGCUCAGGGACCGAUCACGCUCAGCCUGACCACGCAGAAGACGGCGCCGACACACGUGGAGCGAAUGAUCAGCCUGCAGUACCGCGACCAGAGCCUGAAGCGCACCGUCGUCCACCUCCAGUUCACCUGCUGGCCAGAGCUCGGUCUUCCUGAGAGCAAGAGCAACCUGCUCCGGUUCAUCCAGGACGUCCACGGACACUACCUCCACCAGAGGCCCUUACACACACCGGUCGUGGUGCACUGCAGCUCGGGGGUGGGACGCACCGGCGCCUUCUGUCUGCUGUACGCGGCGCUGCAGGAGCUGGAGGCGGGAAACGGGAUCCCGGAUCUGCCCGUGCUGGUGAAGAAGAUGAGGCAGCAGAGGAAGAACAUGCUCCAGGAGAAGCUGCACCUGAAGUACUGCUACGAGUCCGUGUUGAAGCACGCCGAGAACGUCCUGCAGCGCCACGGCAUCACCACGGCAACCUGCAGCAAGAACACCAACUCUGCAGCCACCAAGCCUUACUCGAGACAGGAGUCCCAGCAGGACAUCGUGCUGGGCGGAGACAUGCCCAUCAGCUCCAUCCAGGCCACCAUCGCCAAGCUCAGCAUCCGGCCGCCCAGCGCCACCGACCCGGCCAUGGAGCAGGGGGAGGAGCCAGUCGGCGCCGUCUUACCCGACCUGGACUCUCUGGGGACAGACGUCCAGCUGUUCCAGGACGCCGACCCCCCGGCAGAGACCCAGCCCCCUUCCUCCUUAAGCCCGCCCCUCUCCUCACCCGCCCACUCUCCACCUCCUCCCAACGGCCUGGACGUCCUCCCUCCCUCCCCUCCUGCAGAGGCUGUUCCGAGCGGCGGCGUCCCACCCCCCGCUUCCUCUGCUCCUUCGUCCCUGGACCUUCUGGCCUCCAUGACGCCCGAGGCCUUCUCCAUGGAGGGGGGGGGCCGGGGGAAGCAGCGGGUGACCAGGCAGAGCUUCCUGCAGCCGGUGGAGGGCCAGGGUCUCCACGGGACUCGGGGGGGUAAAGGGGACGACCCGCUCGGCACCCUGGACCCCCUGUGGAGCCUCAACAAGCAGUGAAGUCCCCGGGCCGCUGCUGCUGUUCUCUCACUUCACCACCAGGGGGCACCAGAGGCCUGUCGCCCUUUCCAAGAGAAAACUAAAACAAGCUGAAUCCUGGGAGAAGUUCUGUUGAUUACCACGAUGUGCCUGGUGGCGGACGGUCUGU